AAGUUAUCUUCUACUUCUUCUCCCCAUCUUCUGCUUCUUCCCCUCUCCUUCUUUUCUUUCUCUUCAUCUUCCAUCUUCGAUCGUCGUCGAACAAGAGUCUUUUGUUACUGUGUUUUGCCUUCGUGAUACCCCUCCCUCCAUUUCGACGACUCCCGAUAACGAAGAACAUUCACAUCAUAUCACAUCACAUCACAAUGUCUUCUAUGAUGUUCCUCAACAGGGCUGGUGCCCGAGGUAUCCGCAGCGCUGCUCGAACUCAGCAGAUGCGAACCGCUGCGACUCUGGCUACCUUCAAGACCCCCAAGGUCUUCAACGAGCCCAACCACCACUACGUCAAGGGUAGCGAGCAGCGCGAGGGUCUGACUGCUGCUAUUGAGAAGCUCCAGAAGAACCUGCCCAUUGAGGUUCCCGUUGUGGUUGGUGGCAAGCAGAUCAAGGCUUCCGCCCUCUCCAAGCAGCAGAACCCUGCCGACCAUGCCACUACUGUUGCCUCUUACCACACUGCUACCACCGCUGAUGUCUCAGCUGCCAUCGACGCUGCUCUUGCUGCCAAGCCUGCCUGGGAGGCCCUCCCUUUCGCUGACCGAGCUGCCGUCUUCCUCAAGGCCGCCGACCUCAUCUCCACCAAGUACCGCUACGAUAUCAUGGCCGCUACUAUGCUCGGCCAGGGCAAGAACGCUUGGCAGGCCGAGAUCGACGCCGCUGCUGAGCUGGCUGAUUUCCUCCGCUUCAACGUUCACUACGCUGAGCAGCUCUACAACAUCCAGCCUGAGCACAACUCUCCCGGCGUCUGGAACCGUCUCGAGUACCGUGCCCUCGAGGGUUUCGUAUACGCUGUCAGCCCCUUCAACUUCACUGCCAUCGCCGGCAAUCUGCCUGGUGCUCCUGCUCUUCUCGGAAACGUCGUUGUCUGGAAGCCCAGUGACUUUGCCAUUGCCUCCAACUGGCUCGUCUAUCAGAUCUUGAUUGAGGCUGGUCUCCCCAAGGAUGUCAUCCAGUUCGUUCCUGGUAACCCCGUUGAUAUCACCAAGGUCGUUCUAGAGCACAAGGAGUUUGCUGCUCUCCACUACACUGGUAGCACCGCUGUCUUCCGUCAGCUGUAUGGCACCAUUGGUCAGGGUAUCGCUGAGGGCCGAUACCGAGGCUAUCCCCGUGUCGUAGGUGAGACUGGCGGCAAGAACUUCCACCUGAUCGACCCUACAGCUGAGAUCGACAACGCUGUCAAGCAGACUGUCCGUGGUGCCUUUGAGUUCCAGGGCCAGAAGUGCAGUGCCACCUCUCGACUCUAUGUCCCCAAGUCCAUGUGGCCCGAGUUCAAGGAGAAGCUUGUUGCUGAGGUUGAGGCCAUCAAGAUUGGCAACCCCACUGAACACUCCAACUUCAUGGGCCCUGUCAUUCACGAGGCUUCAUUCAAGAAGCUCUCCGGUGCCAUUGACGAGGCCAAGUCCGACAAGGACCUCGAGCUCGUUGUCGGUGGAAAGUACGACUCUUCUAAGGGCUACUUCAUCCACCCUACCAUCUACGCCACUACCAAGCCCAACCACAAGUUCUUCUCUACUGAGUUCUUUGGCCCUAUCCUUACCACUUACAUCUAUGACGAUGCUGCCCCCAACGCCAUGGCUGAUGUCUGCAAGCUCAUUGAGACCACCUCCGACUAUGGCCUGACUGGUGCCGUCUUCGCUGCUGACCGUGAGGCUUCCCGCUUCGCCGAGGAGCACCUUCGUAACGCUGCCGGUAACUUCUAUGUCAACUGCAAGAGCACUGGCGCUGUUGUCGGCCAGCAGCCCUUUGGUGGUUCUCGUGCUUCCGGUACCAACGACAAGGCCGGUAGCCAGAACCUCCUGACCCGCUUCGUCAAUGUUCGGGCCAUCAAGGAGGAGUUCACUCCUACCACCAAGGUCACCUACCCUAGCAACGAGGUCUAAGUGCCGACUACCGGCAUACCGUCUAUAUACAAAAGCUGGAGUGGAGUUCGGACGAUGAUACGACAUGGAUGACUUAUGAAGGUGAACUUCUAUAGGGCUGUUACCCAUGACAGAAGGAAAAAAGUACACAUCUAACAGCACGACUAGCCGUCUCAGACCGUUUAGAGUUGGCUGUCGAUCAAGUAUAUCUUGUCGAAGAGUUUGAGAAGCAAAGCCAAGGAUCUUGAAUCGCUGCAGCGUGGUCAAGCCUUGUUCGUGGGUCCGUGGCUUGCCAGGGGUAUGUUCUUGGCUAAGAGCCGCCCCGGGGUCUCUCCCCACGUUGGUUCACCCAGGAAGGUGAUGGGUGGAAUUCAUCCGUAGUAAGAUUGGGGAAAAUGAUGGGGUGUGCCGUAUGAUAGAAAAAGCCGUCGACGUCUAAAGUACGCGCACGUGCUCAAUUCAGUCCAAGGACGAA